AUCAGACGGAGAGGAGAGCGGACUUGUUCAGGCUUGUUCAGGCUGUACACGUGCUGCUCCACAAGAAAUGACUUCAAGGCCAGUUUCAUCAGCUGACAAUGGCAGAGAUGUCAAAAAAGAAUAAAGCCUCCUCGUGGGGGCUUAUCAGCAACUACCGCUAUUUGUGCAAAAAAGCCAUGAUGGUUCAUGCCAUGGAUAACGGAAGAGCACAGAAGAAAUGUAAGCAGAAGAUAAUAAUCGCCAACACAAAGAGGAAAAGAGCAGACAACUACUGUGAACCACUGGAUACAAUUAAACUGGUCAAAAAAACUAAAUCAAGUCAUACAACACAGGAAAGUCAAAGCACUCUGAACUCUGAGAACAAGAGCACUGAUUCAUCUAAACCUGGACUCUCUCUGUUUGUGCCUAAAGCUUGUGACCACCACAGUUUGAUCACAGCUCUCAGAGACAGCUGGGAGGUGGACAGCGGUUUCUCUUCGGAGACCAGUCCUCCAGCCAGCGGUCGAAAUUCACCAUGCUUCAGCUCAUGCCCGACCAAAGUUUUGGCGUUGGACUGUGAGAUGGUGGGGACGGGGCCUGGCGGGCACUGCAGUGAGCUGGCCCGCUGCAGCAUCCUGGACUAUCAUGGCAACGUCCUGUAUGAUAAAUACAUUCAACCAUGUCAACCUGUCACAGACUACAGGACCCGCUGGAGUGGCAUCAGGAAGCAUCAUCUGCUCAAUGCCACGCCCUUCGUUCAGGCCCGGGAGGAGAUCCUCAGUAUACUUGAGGGUAAAGUGGUAGUUGGCCACUCCAUCUACAAUGACUUUGAGGCGCUGGACAUACCUCAUCCGUGUCAUAUGGUCAGGGACACCAGUACGACGCGUCUCCUCAGCCGAUUGGCCGGUUUUCCCCGAGAACGCUGCCCUUCCCUCAGAAUUUUGGCCAGUAAGCUGCUGAACAGGAGGAUACAGGUCGGGAAGAGAGGUCACUGUUCGGUGGAGGACGCUCGAGCCGCCCUCGACCUCUACAAGCUGGUGGAAGGCGAGUGGGAACAGGAGCUGCAGAACAAGCUGAGGGACGACGACGCUCCACUCGAGCCCAGCUUCUCCUCCUCAGACCACUACAUGCAGGAUGAGUACUGGCCCGAUGAUGUCACAGCUGACAGCCAAUGAGAGGAGAGUAAUCAAAAGGUUCUUAUUAGAUGGUGAUGUUCUCAGUCAUCAGAGCAGAAUCCGCAACUCUAAAAAAUGUGAAAGAAAAAAAAUUAGUAUAAAACACAUGCGGAACCAAAAUGAUCUUCUCAUAUGAAAUGAUGUACUGUAUCACUUUAGGGGAGAAUAACUUUAUUGCUUGAAUGAAAACACUUGUUAACUUAUUACUUUUACACAUGUUAAACAUGGUUGGUGUUCCUAACAGCAUGUUAUUGCUGUGAUACCAGGUAUUUGCUCGCAGAGUUGAGAGUAGUCAAGUUAUUUGUUACUAACUUGAAUACAUUUAUAGCAGCAGAAGUGUUGGUGUUCUUCACGUUUCUAACUUAUGAUAUUCAGAGUUUGGAGUUUUCUAACAGUCUCUGUUCUUACUUGAAAGGUUUAAUGUGACUGUUAAUAAGACUCAAGACAUAUCUUAGGCCACAGAUACAGCUGUACUCUAUUGAGUUUUUUUUCUCAACUGUCUCUUCUCACAUGCACAUGAAAAUGCACAAGUGGCUGCUGAGAGCAGACUCAAAAGCAGCAUAAGCUGCAGCUCCUAAGGUAUUUUUCACAGUUUACAAGGCAAAAGGAAAACACAUUUUAAAAAAACAGACGCGGUACAACGAGUUUAAACUGAUACGUUGUCAUGUUUAAAGUGUUUCCUUUUGCCUCCAUGUAUGUGUGGCCUGAAGUAUUUUAUAUUGUAACCAUGGUAUCAGCGGUGUUUCAUUACCUCACAUUAUAAGCUGCUCUUAAAUGUCCUAAUAAAAUGGCAUGAUGUUA